GUCACCGGCAGGAGCAAUAUAGGCCGGUCCCUUUUGAUUAUUGAAAUCCAGGGACGUAGAGCUUGUCCAUCGGUCAGUGUCUCUUGGUAUCGGCACAAGUUGUCAAGAAACAAAUGAGAGGUGCCGUCCAAGCACCACUAAAUCGCUCAAAAUUUUCAACAUGACGGCAUCAUCAAUCCGGGAGAGCAACGCCGCAGCGGCCAGCUCCAGUCCGUCCAAGGAAAAACCAGGCAUCGCGACGCCGGCAAUGGAAUUAGUUGGGGAAGAGGCGAGACCAAUCGACCCUAGAGCGGAGAAGAGAGUCGUCAGGAAGAUCGACCUUUUCCUCAUGCCGGCCAUGGUAAUUGGUUACGGCCUGGUCUACUACGACAAGGCUAUUCUGGGCAGUGCAGCACUCUUCGGCAUGACGGCUGACCUCCAUCUCUCGGUGGCGGACUCAUCGGUCAGCCCGCCCAGGGUAGAUACCACGAGGCUCAGCUGGGCCACCUCCAUAUUCUACUUUGGUCAGCUGGUUGGCUCAUAUCCCAUGACUUAUAUCCUCCAGCGCUUCAACAAUCGACAAAUUCUCGGUCCUGCCGUGAUGCUUUGGGCAGUGAUCUGUGCCGCCACUGCUGGGGUGACUACUUGGCAAGGUCUCCUGGUGCAGCGAUUCUUCCUGGGAUUCACUGAGUCCAUAGUCCCUACCUCCUUCAUGAUCACCGUCAGUGGGUAUUACACCCAACCCGAACAAGCCUUGCGACAAAGCUGGUGGUUCUCAGGUACAGGCUGGUUCACGAUUAUCGGCGGGGGUCUCAAUUACGGGUUUGCUCAGAUUGAUGGCGCUCUCAAGCCGUGGCAGUACCUCUACAUCUUCGCCGGCGCACUAACGUUCCUGUUCGGAUUGUGGUGCUUUGCAUUGCCGAACUCCCCCUUGGAUGCGUGGUUCUUGACGCCCGAGGAGCGUAUUGUCGCCGUUGAGAGGCUGCGGGCAGGCCAGACUGGUGUCAGAAACCAGGAAAUCAAAGGCGCCCAGAUUAUGGAGGCAUUGUUGGAUGCGAAGAUCUGGCUAGUCGUGGUGAUGAUGGCCGCUGCGUACACGGUGAACGGUGCUGUAUCCGGCUUUGGCCCUCUCAUAGUGUCGACUUUCGGCUAUUCUUCUCUCGACAGUAUCUUGUUUCAGUUCCCGCUCGGUGCUAUCAGUGCAAGCGGCAUCACUCUGACCGGCUGGAUAUGCACCCGCCGCAACAUUCGAAUCCCACUUUUGGUCGCCUGUUGUCUUCCUGUCAUCGCUGGCUUCAUCAUCAUCUGGAAGUCUGAGUGGGGAUACCGGCCAGCUGCUCCGGUUGUGGGAUAUUCAAUCAUUGGCUUCUUCGGGCCCGUAGUCGGACUUAUCAUUACCCUGGCGGCUGGUAAUGUAGCAGGCGAGACGAAGAAAAGUUUCACAGCAUCAGCUGUAUUCGUCGCUUACUGCGUGGGCAACAUAAUCGGGCCUCAGAUGGUAAAGAGUCAAACUAAGAGCCAGCACUAUCCUGAGCUGUGGACAGGUUUGACCAUUUGCUACUGUAUCACCAUCAUCUCUGCCUCUGCAUUGUAUUUCAUUCUACAUAAAGAGAACAAAAGGCGGGAUGCCCUUGGCCUGGAUGAAUGUGAACGAGACAGGCUGGCUUUCAAAGACUUGACAGAUAAGAAGAACUUAUAUUUCAGAUACGUCCUAUAG